GGAGAAAGGGGGGAUAUGGGAGGAGCGACGGUUCGAGGUCCAGGUGGUCGAGCCUGCGUAAAAACGCACCAAACACACGCCAAACACUUACGAAAUAGUGAGCGUCAUUUAAAAAAAAAAGAGCUCGAUCCUUCCAGCUCCUGGCACCUCCAUGAAUGAAUAAGCUGUUUACAGAGAAAGCCUCCUGGAUUUGCUGCUGGAGAAAUAACCAAAAGAGCGGAACGCGCGUCUGUGGUGCGCUGAAAACGGACAAAACGGGAAAGAGCUCAGGGGGAAUUUUAGAUUUUUUUGGCCAAAGAAGGCAACUUUUUCAGCAGAUCAAAACGGCUUGUUUCAGCGACAAGUGGAGAUAUGUUCAAGAAAAGCAAGAGUAAAGUGCUGGUGGAUUAUGCGUCAGAAGAAGACGACAUGUCCUGGCACUACCAUCACUCCUACAAGGACAAAGACAUAGAAGGAGAGGAAGAGGAGGAGGAAGCUGUCACUGCAGUAUCCAAGGCACGGAGAGAAAGGGAGCCAAAAGUUUGUUCCAUAAUCGCUGUGGAGGGCAGUAUCUGUGCUUGGUGGAAAGCUGCGAGGGCAGGGAGGAAUUCUGAUGUGACGGGGGAGCCCGGGGGAGUUUCAGAGGGAGUGGAGGGUCUUCCACUGGAAUGUGCCGAGGCCAAGGUUAAGAAGAUCAUGUCCAAGAAAGAGAGGAGGGAGAAGAAGAUGUUCUCCUCCAAAGAUGACGAGCACUUCUUGUUGACUGGAGUAAAGCUGGCUGACCGAAGAGGGUCUCACAAGAAAAUCAAAGAUGAUGAGAAGGAGAAGGAAAAGAAGGACAAGCCAGAGAAGGGACACUGUUUCUGGGAGAGCGUUACCAUGACGAUGAAGCAGAUCUCACCCACCAAAAAACUGGAGAAGAUGGAGGGCUGGGAGCCACCUCGCCUGGAGAAUGUGACUGUGACCGAAGAAGGCCCAGAGGACAAGAGCCAGGAAGGGGACUCGCCUGUGUCCUUCCCCGACUCUCUAGGCCUCCCGUUGGAAUUGGCCUCCUGGGGGGGCCGGGGUCUUGAGGAGGACUCCUCCCACUAUGCUAACCUGUCGGACUCCAAGGAUUCAACAGCCGCUGUCAGGUGGACAGCCCGCGCCAAAGUGAAGCUGGCUGGCAUCAGCAGGAUGAGCAGAGGGAUUGUGUCAGAAAGUGCAUGGGAGGGGUUUAAAUAGUAGCCAUUUUACCUUUGAUACCCCUCCCUCCUCACCUACAUACCAUCAAUAAAGAGGAUGAAGACCUAAACCAAAUAUCUGCUUGUCUCCGUAGUCUAGUUCUGGAUGAAAAACAGGUGUUAAUGUCAACUGGUAUUGAGAUGCUGUAGUCAAGCCCGGAAAAUAACACGUGAUGUUUGUCCUUAGCUUUGAAGUCCUUGAAGACAAUAUAUGUCAGCUUAGGUGUUUUUGGCAGGACUUCCACUUUUGAAUCACUGACAUAAACUGUAAAUUACAACAAAUAAAAGCCUUAAAACUACUGUACCAUUUUAACUGUGAUAUCCACUGGCCUGGCAUUUAGAUAUUUUAUGUUGUCAAGAAAUGAAAGGAGUGAUUUUCAUAUAAUUAUUAUUGCUGUCAAUGGUAAAGAAUCAAUGAAACCUGCUACUGAAGACUUUAUGUUGGUCCACUUCCUUUUUGUCCAUGCAGUCACAGCAUCUGAGUGAAGAAUGUGAGUCUGAAGCCUUAAUAUAUACAUCAAUAAUGGGCUUAAAAUUUGUGCAGUCAUGCGCGCAUGUGUGUGUGUGUGAAAGAGAGGUAAAGAGGAAGAGGAGAGAAAGUGAGUUUGUGGAUAGACAUGCACGCACAUUUGUUUUAGUGAAUCACAGUUGGCAUCGCAAUGGAGGUCUGAAGUUCUGUUGUUGUGUUGGGAGUAUGUGGGGGCAAUAAAUGAGGUUGUUAAAAAAAAUCUAUGCAACCCCCACAGUGUCAUAGACUGAUACAUGUUUAAAUCUGAUGCUGAGUAAUAUGAAUACAAUAUGUAAUGAUGAAAAGAUAAAAGCCAAACUCUGUGUAUACUUGUUUCUCAAGAAAAGCAGUGACUCCAUGCGCCUGUGAAGUGCCUUGUAUCAAUACAAUGACAUCAUGUGUUUGCUGUAAAUUUGAACUAGACCAAAUCAUCCUCUGAACACAAACCUGCUGUGCUCACUGCAAUGUCAAUGAAGGCUGGGUCAACCCAGCAUGCACCUGUGCUGUACCAGCCUUUGAGUCACUUCCUGGUUUCCAGCUACAAACCAGUGUCCCUGGAUGUCAUUAGCUUCACCAGCAGGAGCAGCAGAAGUGUUUGUGUGCUACAUUAUAAAAAGCUGGUUGAUUCUUUAAUGCUGUUUGAAUAUUUGUGUAUUUUAUUGGACUGAUACAAUGUAGAGUAAUAUCAUUUCUACAAUGAUUUUUCUUUUAGGUAAAUGAGAAACCUCAUGCCACUGGGCUCUUCUUCUCUGUUCUCUUCUUUGUACUGAAUUAGUUUGCUACUGACGUCUACUUCACUGCAGUCAGAAGUGUACACAGAUACAUGUCCGCUUCCAGGGAUGCUUGCAUCCUGUAUUUAUUCACUAAAAGACUGGGUCACAUUUUCUCAAGCAGAAUAAAGAUUUAGUUUGAC